GGACAACGCGGAGAGAUUCAGAAACAGAACGACUCGGUAUUUCUCUUCCACUAGAGACCGAGUCCGACUCAGAGGGCGAAGAAGGCCCAACUCAGUAACCUUCUCUUUCCUUUUCUUUCCUUCCUUCACAAUUUACAGUUACACACACCAUUUAACCAUUUUUCCCGCACAAACAACACAGACACUGACUCUCUCACUACACGCGCGCGCGCGCGAGAGAGAAAGACCUCAGUGUCUGAGACGCACGCAACGUGCAUUUUCCCAUAAGACGGACAGCAUCACGCCGUUUUCGCCUCCCCGUCGUUUCCGGAUCCGUCGUCGUCGUUUUCGUCUUCUUCAAUUAGUUUAGUUGAGAAUCAAUCCCAGGACACCGAGCUGGAGCCUCCGCCCGCCGCCUCCUCCAACGGUCAGAUCCGCUACCGGUCGCCGUCCUCCGCUGAGCUCUUCGACGGCCAGGCCAGCAGCAACUCUCCGCCGUCGCACGCCGCCGACCAGCACUCGCCGGAGUUCGAGUCCAGCAAAAUGCUGAAGCGCCCCGGCCGCCAGGAGUCCCUCGCCGACAAGAUCUACCGGUUCCGGGGGACGCUGCUCGUCGUGGCGAUCCCGCUUCUCCUCAUCACCUUCGUCCUCUACGUCAUGCCGUCCAGCAUCUCUAACGAGUCCGUCGGAGGCUACGCCCUCGUUAACCGGAAAGUAUCCCCCGUCGAGAAAUCCGCCGGCUCCUACGCCGUCAUCUUCGACGCCGGCAGCUCCGGCAGCCGCGUCCACGUCUUCCAUUUCGAUCACAACCUAGAUCUCGUUCACAUUGGCAAAGAUCUCGAGCUUUUCGUCCAGAAAAAACCGGGUUUGAGUGCGUUCGCUAAGAAUCCGAAACAGGCAGCGGAAUCUUUGGUUUCGCUUUUGGAGGAAGCGGAGAGUGUUGUUCCUCGUGAAUUGCGAUCCAAGACACCAGUUCGAGUUGGGGCAACUGCGGGUUUGAGGGCUUUGGAAGGGGAUGCAUCGGAUAGGAUUUUGCAAGCGGUAAGGGAUUUGCUUAAGGAUAGGAGUAGCCUUAAAUCUGAGAGUGAUGCAGUUACGGUACUGGAUGGAACACAAGAAGGUGCUUAUCAAUGGGUUACUAUCAACUAUCUAUUGGGAAACUUGGGAAAAGAUCAUUCAAAGACUGUUGGGGUAGUUGAUCUUGGAGGUGGAUCUGUUCAAAUGGCUUAUGCCAUCUCAGAGACAGAUGCUGCCAUGGCUCCAAAAGUAGCAGAUGGCGGGGACCCAUAUGUCAAGGAGAUGUUCCUGAGGGGAAGGAAAUACUAUCUUUAUGUUCACAGUUACUUGCACUAUGGUUUACUAGCUGCUCGUGCAGAGAUUUUAAAGGCUUCUGAUGAUGCUGAAAACCCUUGUAUCAUAUCUGGCUAUGAUGGAUCCUACAAUUAUGGAGGAAAGUUGUUUAAGGCUUCAUCCGGCUCUUCUGGAACAAGCUUAAAUGAAUGCAAAAGUGUUGCUCUUAGGGCUCUCAAAGUUAAUGAGUCAACAUGUACUCAUAUGAAGUGUACUUUUGGUGGGAUAUGGAAUGGUGGAGGGGGGGAUGGACAGAAGAACCUUUUUGUUGCCUCUUUCUUCUUUGACCGAGCUGUCGAGGCUGGUUUUGCUGAUCCCAACUUGCCAGUCGCGAUAGUUCGUCCUGCAGAUUUUGAGGAUGCAGCUAAGCAAGCAUGUCAAACAAAACUUGAGAAUGCCAAAUCCACUUUUCCUCGUGUUGAUGAGGGGAACCUUCCAUAUCUUUGCAUGGAUCUUAUAUACCAGUAUACACUGCUUGUUGAUGGGUUUGGCAUAUAUCCAUGGCAAGAGAUUACAUUGGUGAAGAAAGUUAAAUACGAUGAUGCCCUGGUUGAGGCAGCAUGGCCCCUAGGCAGCGCCAUUGAAGCCGUGUCAUCUACGUAAAAUUACUGGGAUCAUCGCUUAGAUUAUUUUUCAGAAACCUAGGGGCACAUGAAUUUCAUCACCAGGAUUUUGUGGUGAAAUACUGUCAUUCAUGAUGAUCAGAGAUUAACUUUCAGGCUGAAUUGAGAUUGGAUAUGGGUCUGUGAUUCAGAAAUAAUGGGCGAUUAUAGCUUUUCAUUAUUUUUUGUAUGUAAUUAAUUCACAACAUAUCUAAUUUGCGAUUUUGGAAGAUUCAUUCGAUUCGUUAUGGGCAUCUUUUAUGUUGUCUUCAGAGACGAACAAAAUGGUGAUACACCAUUUCAUUUUUGUUUCUAUAAAUGGUUUCAUUCGUGAUCAUAGUUAAUCCUUUAUUACUUCUC